GUUUUUGCAUGUGCAAACUACAUACGUCCACUCGGGGUUGCGGCAUUUAUCCAGGAUUGGGAUCUGAAACUCGAAUAUAUCUAGGUUCUUGCCGCCUUCCGCAUCGCCAAUUCUGCCUGCGGUUCUGCCUACGGGACAUUCCUUGCCAGGACUCAUCCUUCCUAGGUGGCCAAUGACACGGAGCACGCUCGGGAUAAUCAGCAUACUGCACAGCCAAUGCUUCGGCCCCGGCGGUGCCCCCUGCUCACCACAGUUGCCGCUAACACAUUGCACAAAGGAGUACGUGACGACGUGACGGUCUCCGAGACGGUCCAGGUAGUGCCCACUCCAGCGCAACUUACUGUCACCACCUCCCACAGAAAGACCGACCUGCCAUCGUUUUCCUGAGACUUCUGUCAUGUUAUCGACUGCUAGAAAAACGACAUGGUAGACAAUACCCGGAUGAGGAAGAAUGAUCUGGGAGACUGCUAGGCCGGUGGUUGAGAGGGGGGCAGAUGCGAUCGAAAACCACACAAGCAAUGCCAUGAUGACACGAUGAGCACGGACAAACAGGAUGAGCAAUGGGCAGAUACUACACAGCUACCUAGAGUGCUACCAUUCGUUCAAUGUAUCAGUUUGACGUCUGCAACUUUUGCUCAAUUGGUAUCCUUCCUCCUCAUCGAGACAUCUGGGCGCAAAUAAUGGCGCAGAUAAACGCAAGCGUCACAUGGAUAGGAAGUACACUC